UUAAUUAUUUACGGACAUAAUUCGCCACGAAUGAUAAUCUACAUAACUUUAAAAGAAAAACAAAGUAUCAAUAAUUGUUGAAUCCUUUACACCAUCUGUAUAUUAACAAAUUUGAUACCGUAUGAAAUAAUAGCACAAUGUCAAAAAAUACAGUUUGCUUAGACACAGAAUUGAGAAAAUUAAGACCAGCAGAGUUAUAUAUGCUUGGGCAAAUAUUAAAUAUGUCAGAUUCAUGGAAAAAGUUAAUGGCAAUUGUACCAAAAUGUGAAACAUCCGAUCUUCCCAAAUUUAAUGCAGAACACCUUAGCAUGAUAGAGCAAGCUGCUCAACAACAAAGGAGGAAUGCAGCUGAAAUAUUUUUGGCAGAAUGGGGAACAAUGGGAAGAAACAGACCAACGUUACGCACUUUAUUAAAUCUUCUAGUGAAAGCGGAAUUAUUUAGAGCAGCCGAUUACCUGGCAGGGGACAUUUUAAAAGAGGAACUACCAAAACGGCCCGAGUGUGGACCUGCGGCCCCCGUAGAUAUUUCAGACGAGGUUAUAAAAAAAUUGUUAGAGGAAAAAGUGGAUCUACAAGAUAUCGAUUCUAACGAGUUGUUAAUAUUCGGACUGCCCUCCGAGGCUAAUGAUAAUAAGGUAAUAGAUAAUGCGACGCGCAACAGUUCGUUGGAAAGGAACAUGCAGUCGACGAAAUUAGUUUCCAUUAAGGAGGAACAUAAUAAAAAACAUUUAGAAAAUGUUGGAAAUGCAAUCGUUCGACAAAAACACGCGAAAACAUUGUCAAAUGUAGAUGUGUCCGAUUUGAUGAAGUUCAGUAGCGAACCGAAUGCAGAGGAAUGCAGAGCGCGGAAUAAUUUUCACAUAUCGAAACAACCGGUACGUACGCAUAAUGCAAAUAAUAAUAAUUCAAAGGAGUAUGGUUUCGAGAAACAGGAAAUGUUGUCCCGUGAUUUACCUGUAUUUUUAAAUAAUUUUGGACAAAGUAUAGAAGAAAUUAAAUUAAACGAGGAAGCGCAGUCAGACGAGCUUCCGGCAUUUUUGAACAGCAAUACGUUUGCAUCCAGCAGUACUUUACAUAAUAAUUCUACAAACGAUUCAUUGAAUCUGUCUAAUCUAAAUAUUAAUCAAAAUGAAAUAACUUCUACCGAAUUACCGCAAUGCGUUCUCGAGCUACGUGAGAGUUCUACAAGCGAUCCCGAUAACACGGCUGUUGAACAAAAUGAAGGAAAUAUGAUACAAAAUGCAUUGAGUUCGCAAGAAUUGCCAGUCACGGUACUGGAAUACGUUAAAUAAAAUAUUUAUAAGACGCGUUUAAGUAUGCAGAUGUCUAUUUCGAUAAAGGAACAUGUAUAUCGAUAUUCGAUAUUUAUCGAAACGAGUUUAAGCACUAGCUUAAAUCUGUAUCAUAAAAAGAGGCGAAAAUAAUGUUGUACAAGUGUUAUUACAUUCAUACAAAUUCACUUAAUGUCUAAUAAAAAUAAUA